AUGUCAAAAGUAACCACAGAAAAAUUAGAAGAAUUCAUCAAUGGCAAGCUCAAAGAAGAUCUCAAGUACUACGAGCAACAUUUACAACAACUUACCGCCGAAAAUCUCGAAUACACACAAUUAAAACAUCAAAUCACGACAAUAAAAACGCUGCCGGGUGACAGUUUCAAGACACAAGUCAACAUUGGCGGCGAUUUUUUCAUGCAGGCAAAAGUUCCCUCCAAAGAGACAAUUUUAGUGAACAUCGGUUUGAAUGUUUUUGUGGAAUUCACACUUGAUGAGGCUCUGAAGUUCGCUCAAAUGAAGAUAAAUAUUUUGGAUAAGCAAGCAGAGAUUGUGAGAGACGAAGUUUGUCGGAUAAAAGCUCACAUAAAGUUGUGUUUGUUGGCGAUGGGAGACAAAACUCAGCUACUGAGGAAUAAAGAACUGUGA